AAAAUCACAUUUAAACUGCGGGUCUUUAAUCAUAAUUGGCGCAUGCGCCCGCAUAACCUACGAUGUAGCAGCAGUUAGCACUAGUAAGUCCACGGAAGGUCGGAGAUAUGUUUCGUUCCGUUACACAUGUCCCUCAGGGACUAGUGUCCCUGGUCCGUAACAAUGUAGCGACGUCAGGACCUGCUGCUGCUACAUUGAAGGUUCAGACUAAAGACAUGGCCACGGAGUCGUCCGUGCAGAAGGCGAAGCCUGAGCUGCCAGAGAAACCGAAAGUCGAGCCGUACAGCCCGUUUCAACAGCCCAGUAACAUGGCAGAGUAUGCCCUAGCCAGAAUAGACGACAUACUAAAUUGGGGACGUAAAGGAUCGAUAUGGCCGAUGACCUUCGGUUUAGCCUGCUGCGCCGUGGAGAUGAUGCACAUUGCGGCGCCUAGAUACGACAUGGACAGAUUCGGCGUGGUGUUCCGCGCCUCGCCGCGACAGUCAGAUGUUAUUAUAGUCGCCGGCACUUUGACGAAUAAGAUGGCACCUGCCCUGAGGAAGAUCUACGAUCAGAUGCCUGAACCUCGAUGGGUCAUCUCCAUGGGAAGUUGCGCGAACGGAGGCGGAUAUUAUCAUUAUAGCUAUUCCGUGGUCAGGGGUUGCGACAGGAUAAUACCUGUGGACAUUUACGUGCCUGGUUGUCCCCCAACAGCUGAAGCAUUAUUGUAUGGUGUUCUUCAGUUACAGAAAAAGAUAAAACGUAUGCAAACUGCACAAGUUUGGUACAGGAAGUAAUGUACCUGACGUCUAUAGUAAUAAAUGUAUAAAAUAUUUAAAAAUUGUAAGGUAAUUGACACAUAAUUAAGCAAUAGGGGAGUUGCAUGUCACCCAAAAAUGUGACAAAAUAAAUCACAUUUAAAUAAAAAUAA